AUGAAUCGCGACUCGUUUGUUCCUCCUACCAGCAUGAGUGGCUUGAGUGCUGCUGCUGCCGGAUCCAAUGUCCACAAGUCCUAUGGCGUGCGCUACCUGUGUGCAAACUGCGCCUCCAAUGUGUCUCUGUCCAAAGAAUGUGGUCACCGGGUGUUGUACAAAGAACGGUCUCGUCGCAUUAUUCAGUUUGAGGCUCGUUAA